GUCUGCUCCAGCUCCUACUCCAGGUCCCACCAAUGCUGGGGCUGCAGGGCCACCUCCUGCUACCAAUGUGUCAAGCAACAAACGGCUGCAGCAGACACAAGCCCGGGUGGAUGAGGUGGUAGACAUCAUGAGAAUGAACGUGGACAAGGUGCUAGAAAGAGACCAGAAGCUAUCAGAGCUUGACAACCGGGCAGAUGCAUUGCAAGCAGGUGCCUCACAGUUUGAAACCAGUGCAGCCAAACUGAAGAGAAAAUACUGGUGGAAAAAUUGCAAGAUGAUGAUCAUCCUUGGUGUAGUAUGCGCAGUCAUUCUCAUUAUAAUUAUAAUUUAUUUCUCCACUUGAAAAAGCGAAGAAGGAAGACUUGGCACAGCCGUGUUCGUAUCAACCAACGAUAUCAGUGUUCCUUUGUUGAACUCCGCUUUUUAAUUCCCGGUGUCUUGGGAUUUUUGCUUGUAAUAACCCAUAAGCAUUCAGCGUGGUGUGUUUUGGAAUUCUGUUGUUUCCACAAGAAACUGUACCAGCUAAAUACUGCCAAGUAGUUCCAUACACUGUCUUAUCACUGUGUCUUAAAAUGUGUAUGCACUGACCUUCAGAAACUGUAGUAUAAUGAAAAGCAUCCUAAACAUCUCAGAAUCAGAGAAUGAAGCUAUGGGGAAGCCCCUGCCUAAAGGGACACUGCCAGGUGGAUUGGACCCAAACCUAAGGCUGCAGCAAACAUUAGGGCCAAAAAUGCUCAAUCUGAGCACCUUAAGUUGGAUGGCAAAAAUCCACUAUCAGAUGUAACAUUUUGAGGUAGUAUCUGCUACUCCCAUUGAAGAGAGUGGUACUUAGAAAUAUUCAUGUAAGGCAUCUUAUUUCAACUUAGCCAAUGAAACACAGAUUUUUUGAGAUU